GUCCCCAGAUGUUGUUGGACUACAACUCCCAUCACCCCUAGCUAGCAAGGUCAGAGCUCAGGGGUGAUGGGAGCUGUAGUCCGACAACAUCUGGGGACCCAAAGGUGGAGAACCGCUGAGCUAAGAGGAUAGAGGGGAAGCUCUUCCAUAGAGUCUUCAUAAGCCAGGCUUCCUCAACCUCGGCCCUCCAGAUGUUUUGAGACUACAACUCCCAUCAUCCCUGACCACUGGUCCUGCUAGCAAGGGAUCAUGGGAGUUGUAGGCCAAAAACAUCUGGUUGAGGAAGCCUGCUGUAAGCUGAGCUUAAGACAGCUUUUCUCAACCUGUAGGUCCCCAGAUGUUGUUGAACUACAACUCCCAUCAUCCCUAGCUAGCAAGGCCAGAGCUCAGGGAUGAUGGGAGUUGUAGUCUGACAACAUCUGGGGACCCACAGGUUGAGAACCGCUGUGCUUGAAAACCUUCAAGGAUCGGCCACCUGAUAUUUGGUCGGAAUCUCCUCCCUUGUCCCUUGAAGAGGCGGGUUCGAGUCCUGCCCUACGGAGCAGGAGAAAACAGUGGGUCUCCUCUCAGUCUCCUCUUUUCCCAGGCUGAACAUCCCCAGCUCCUUCAACCGUUCCUCAUCCGGCUCGGUCUUCCCUCCCAUACAUCCAGAAUUUCCCAGACAUCACCAGUAAGCAGCGUCCGGGAGGGAAUCACUAAAAUAUCCGGGCAAACGUAUGGCUGCCCAUGUCAGAUUUGGGCAACUUUCAUUAAAAACAGGCUCAAAAAAACCACAACCUCUUUCUCCUUUGUCGAGAUUUCGCAAAAACAGCCAAAACUUUGUGUUUCCGGAUUUUCCUUUUUUGAAAUAUGGCAACCCUAGACUAUCUGGGCUGCCCUCUUGCCUGGUCCAUCAAGCCUCUCUUACAUCCACUCCCGCCAUCCCAUAAUGGCUGCUGGGAGUUGGAGUCUCCUCUUUCAUGUUUCAAAGGACCAGGAUUUGCACCCAGAGCGACCGGUUAGGGUGUUGUAAAUUGCAGACGGGAGAAAAGAAGUAGAAGCCUGAGGAUUUCUUCUUUUUGAUUUUGAUUUGAGUUCCUACUGAAAUGAGGCUGCAUUUUAAUGUUUUAACGUCAUAUUUUAAUCUUGUUUUUAAGUUGUAUGAAUGAAUGAAUUUAUUAAUACGGUCACAGACCAGCGUCAACACACACAAUAUCACAGAUCAUAAAAAAAAUAUCAGAAAUACAGAGGACAAUAUGAGUAUAACAAGGAUUUAAAUAUAAAAAAUUAAAAUUAAUUAUUAGCGUGCCCCUGUAAUUAACAUUUGGGAGUUUGGUCAUUAUGGGAUACCACUUGCUUCCUGCGAUUAAUUGCAGACGCACAGAAUUUGGCUACAUUUAAUGUAGUCUUGGGAUUCUUGUCCUCUAGCAGUAGUUUUAAACUAUGGUGUUCCGAUUCUUUCCUGGACAUUUGCAAAACAGGUGUAAUAAAAGUCAAACGUAUAUCCUCAUAAAGACGACAACGUAAUAGUACAUGUGAAGCAGUUUCAACUUCCAACGAGCCACAGGGGCAGACCCGUGCUGUGUAUGGUUUACCCUCAAAUCUGCCCUGAAGUAAGGCAGAAGGGAGAACGUUGAAUCUGGCGAGGGUAAAAGACCGUCUGUAUUUGGGUACCUGAAGACCUGACAGAUAGUUAGCUGGAGAGAAACCUCUCCCAUGGUCCCUUAUUGCUGGAUGUUUGUUAAGUUGUAUUUCAAUCAAUUGUUUUUAUACCUGGUGUCAGCUGCCCUGAGCCCAGUCUUGGCUGGGGAGGGCAGGGUAUAAAUAAAAUUUUACUAUUAUUAUUAUUAUUAUUAUUAUUAUUAUUAUUUUAGGCUGGGGGGAGUCCAGAGCUUUUGCUGUGGAGCUAUGCUCCAGCACAACACAGGCGCUUCUGAGCGCGUGCAGAGUGCCUUUCCCACCCCACAAGAAACUGCACAUCACACAAAAGUCCUUCUGAAAACCCCAGAGGAAAUUCUUCCAGCCUCGACGCAGGAGAAAUACUUUCCACUCGGGCGUAGCUUGUUGUCGAGCGCGAGAGUGAAUCACUUCGAGAAGGAAGUGGUGAAAUAUAUAUAUAAAUAUAUUUAAAUCACUGUCUCUUCCUUCUCUGCAAAGAAAGCUUCCUAUUACGGGAUCCUUCCAAGCCGGCCCUGCUGUUGCCUCGGCCACCGGGGACGUCGUUCUGCAAAACGCGUGCGCCCAUUUCACAGGUGGCAAAACUGAGGCAGGAACUGAAAGCCCGCUGUAUUGUAUGUACAUUGUUCUGUAUAAGUUUUGGUACUGGUAUUGCUUGUUUUGCUGUUUUCCAUUUUAUUUCUUUUUUCUCUGUUCUUUGCUGUUUUUACGUUCCGUUGCACUGAUGUGCUACAAAAUAAAAUAAAAUUUUAAGGAAAGAAAAGACACACACAACCGAUCGGUUUCCCAACACAGCCCCAAAGCGUCUGUUGUUUUUGUUGUUACCAAAGGCCUGAAACUUCCCCAAGGUUAUAUAACUGCCAUCUGCUAAACAUAUCCCAGACAUGUGGCCAGGAUCCGAGGAGGGAAGGCGGGGCUGCCCAAACCAGGCUCAACCAUUGGCUCCUGGCCCCCGGAUCGUUGACUCACGGCCCGUGGCCAUUGGCCGCUGAACCCAUCCGUCAAGCCCGCGCCAAAGCACGCACGAAGUCACCCUGUCCUACUGACAUACUUUCCUCUGCAAAAAAAUAAAAUUGAAGAAAGCAGUUGUGUAACAGGCAUGCAUCAGUCAGCUGUCUUUAUGACUCCUCCCGAAACAGUGGGGAGAGGAGGAGCGGCUUGCAAAUCUUCUUUUUUUGUUCAAAAUUAAAACAAAAUGUAUUAUCCAGAAACAUAUCAUCCUUAUUCCCCCCCCCCAUUUUUCCUCCCUCCCCGCCCAGUAGUGAUGUAUGGAAGCGAGAGCUGGACCAUAAAGAAGGCUGAUCGCGGAAGAAUGGAUGCUUUUGAAUUCUGGUGCUGGAGGAGACUCUUGAGAGUCCCAUGGACUGCAAGAAGAUCAAACCUCUCCAUUCCUAAGGAAAUCAGCCCUGAGUGCUCACUGGAAGGACAGAUCCUGAAGCUGAGGCUCCAAGACUUGGCCACCUCAUGAGAAGAGAAGAAUCCUGGAAAAGACCCUGAUGUUGGGAAAGAUGGAGGGCACAAGGAGAAGGGGACGACGGAGGACGAGAUGGUGGGACAGUGUUCUCGAAGCUACAAACAUGAGUCUGACCAAACUGCGGGAGGCAGUGGAAGACAGGAGUGCCUGGCGUGCUCUGGUCCAGGGGGUCACCAAGAGGUGGACACGACUAAACGACUAAACAACAACAACCCCACACAUAUGUACAAUCCCACCACAUAUGAUAAAAUGUCCCCUCCUUUUCUUUACACUUCCAACAUAUAUUUGAACUAGUUUUGUACAUUUCCCGUAACUGCAUUAGUGUACCAUCUUGCAAAUCUUAACAUUUCAGCGUGUGGAAAAGCAUCCCGGAGAGGUCAAAACGCUGCUCCAAGCUUCGGAGAAAUUAAGAAUAUUAUUCUUAAAAAGAUGCACGGGAAACGAGGAGGGUUAAGGAAAGGUAAAACAGAGCUUCCUUCUCAAGCCGCAGUCUACCUCGGGGAAGAAGGAACAAAAAGGGCAGCACAAAGCAGGGUGGGAUUCUUGCCAAGAUGCACAGACGCUGUUGGGGGUGGCACCUAACUGGGUCCUAUUACUCGGGAGUAGGCCUGAUUUAGCCGUGUCCAUUCAUUGCAAUUUCUGCCCAGAGCGUCCACAUCCAGGAACAGUCUACCCCACCAAGAGCAGCUCAAUGGUGGGGUGCCAAGGAGAAUUCGGAAGCGAUUCUCUUCCUAGGUCAGGCAUAGGCAAACUCGACCCUCCAGAUGUUUUGGGACUACAACUCCCAUCAUCGCUAGCUAACAGGACCAGCGGUCAGGGAUGAUGGGAGUUGUAGUCCCAAAAGAGCUGGAGGGCUGAGUUUGCCUCUGCCUGUCCGGGGGCAACAGUGACCGUAAAAAAGCAGUGGAUCUUGGAGAUUUGUGGGUUAAUAAUAAUAAUAAUAAUAAUAAUAAUAAGAAGUGAUGCAGUAUUCUGCCUCCAUUGGCGCCCAUUCAUGACCUUACACACAUGAAUCAAGAGAUAUCUGGUUCCCCCCACUAUCCAGAAAUUUAAAUUUCCAAGAAGGAGGUGGAGGAGGAAUCAUAAAAUGGGAUAGUCGGAAGGGACCCUGGCAGUCAUCUAGUCCAACCCGCUGCAAUGCAGGAAACUCAACUAAAGCAUUCAUUCCUUCAUCCCUGGCGAGCUGCGAUUCAUCCCUUGAAGGACACAUUCACGUAAAAACACGCUGAUUCCCGGACCGUCCGCCGGCUGGAUUGAGACUGGGCCGGAUCCGGCCCCCGGGCCUUAGUUUCCCUACCCAUGCUAUAAGCCAAGUCCUGUGUUCGAAUUAUGGCUACUCAUGGCCAAGAGGCUGGCGUCUCGUAAUAUAUCCACCCUCUUUUGUUUACAGCCGUGGCUAAGGAUCGGGUCAGAUUUUGUUUUCUGCUGGCGGGUGGGGAGGAGAGAGGAGGAUGAGGCAAAGUGAGAGCAGGGAGGAUGAGUUGGCGGGUGAGUUGCCUGGCACGCCCUUGACUGCGUGUGCCAACUCCGGAGGAAUGCGGUUCGUCCGCCGCAGCCGGCUGAGGGCACUGCCUGCUGCCAACAAACCUUUUUGGGCGUGCGGGAUUUACGUAUAAGCUAAACAAGCCAUAGCUUAGCUCCUCACUCUCUUGCCCCCCCAAUUCACUAUUAAUAUAGGUAAAGGAACCCCUGACCGUUAGGUCCAGUCGUGGCCGACUCUGGGGCUGCAGCGCUCGUCUCGCUUUAUUGGCUGAGGGAGCUUCCGGGUCAUGUGGCCAGCAGGACUAAGCCGCUUCUGGCAAACCAGAGCAGUGCACGGAAACGCCGUUUACCUUCCCACUGGAGUGGUACCUAUUUAUCUACUUGCACUUUGACAUGCUUUCGAACUGCUAGGUUGGCAGGAGCAGGGACUGAGCAACGGGAGCUCACCCCGUCGCGGGGAUUCGAACCGCCGACCUUCUGAUUGGCAAGUCCUAGGCUCUGUGGUUGAGACCACAGCUAGAAUAAAGGUAAAGGGACCCCUGACCAUUAGGUCCAGUCAUGGCCGACUCUGGGGUUGCAGCGCUCAUCUCGCUUUACUGGCGUACAGCUUCCAGGUCAUGUGGCCAGCAGGACUAAGCCGCUUCUGGCGAACCAGAGCAGUGCACGGAAACGCUGUUUACCUUUCCGCCGGAGCGGUACCUAUUUAUCUACUUGCACUGGUGUGCUUUCGAACUGCUAGGUGAGCAGGAGCAGGGACCAAGCAACGGGAGCUCACCCC